AUGAGGACGUCCCAAGGCGGGGAAUCUGUCAAUGAAGAUAAUCAAUGUGAAUCGAUUGGAAUUCCCCAGGAAGCUAAUUCCGAUACUGUAAUAGCAGACUCUGGAUGCAAAGCGGCAGACGAUAUGGGGAAUAUGGGUAUGGACUCUUCUGCUGAUGUUGUUGGGCCUUGUAUUAAUAAUGGGUUGGCUUCAGUCAACUCUUACCUCAAUCGUUUCCACUUUGGGUCUCUCUCUACAAAACACAUAUCUCUGUGUGGAAGAACGAAGAAUCAGAAAUUGAUCGUCAUCUUCUCUGAAAUUGAAAACUUAAGCUGUGAAAAUGGGAAGCGGAAAUCAUCUUAUAUUUUGGUCUCUUUUUCAUGGGUCAGGUUGAGGAUUGAAGGGAUUGAAGAUGGAGACCUGGGAGAGGAUUCAUCAGAUGAAGAAACAUGGAAGAAGAACCAAAUUUUUGCAGAUACAGUUUGAGAUGAUGGUGAUAUAUUAUUCAUUGUUGGUUUAUACAUCUUUUCUACUCUGGUUUUUAAUAGAUUUGAAAGAAAGCUUUUGUCUAAAAAGAUUCACAUUAAUGG